AUGUCUAGGAGCGGUGCGGCAAUAGCCGGAAGCAAGUGCGACGCCGCCGGCCCCGGCAAACUCCUGCCGGAACUGCUAGCCAACAUCCACGACCGGCUGGAGUUCCUCGACCGCAUCGCCUUCGCCACGGUCUUCGCCGCAUCCGGCGACGACGUACUCAGCUUUCCCACGCCAUGGCUCCUCCUACCCUGCGACAAGGACAAGCACCCGGCGACCGCAACUCUCUUCUCCCUCGCUGACCGGCGUGCCGCCACCGUGCGCGCUCCGGACCCCGCGUUGCGCGACUACGUUGUCCUCGGCUCCUCCCACGGGUGGCUCGCGACGGGCGACAACCAGGGCCAGAUCCACCUCGUCAACCCCGCCACCGGCGAGCAGCACGCGCUCCCGGACAUCGCCACCAUGGGCGUCUUCGUGCCCGGCGACGACAGCCGCGGCUAUUUCAGCGUGUUGGUGAAGCGGUUCCUGACCGCCCGGUUCGGCGGCGGGCCGCCGUUCGGGGACAACUGCUGGGGGGCCGAGGGGCACGGGGGGAUCACCUACACCGGCGGCGACGAUAUGCGCACGCGCUUCUAUCGGAAAGUCGUCCUCUCCAUCGGGCGCCGCCCCGGACCCGCAAGGCACGAAGCGAUGCUCAUCGUGAGCGAUAUCUUCGGCGCCCCGGCCUUCGCCGCGGUGGAGGACGGCGGCGCGUGGAGGGUGGCGCGGUCCCGGGACGGCGUCGAGGACGCCAUCCACCACGACGGCCGGUUCCACUCCGUCUCGUACUCGGGCGUCGUGGAGGCGUGGGAGCGCGACGCGGGGUCCGGCGCGUACACGGGCACGCCCGUCGCGCCAAGGCUGCUGGCAACCGUUGGAGAAGGCAUGUCAUCGCACAAGUACCUGGCGGCGGCGCCGGACGGGAGGCUGAUGGUGGUGGUCAAGUGCUGGACCAAGGAGAGGGGGUUCCUCUGGAACAAAUCGUGGACGUGCUCGUUUCAGGUGCACGUCCUCGGCGACGACGGGCAGUGGAAGGAGACCAGGGACAUUGGUGAUGCCGCGCUGUUCGUUGGGCUGAACAACUCGCUGUGCGUGCCCAAGAUGAGACGGCCGGAGAUCGAGGCCGGCUGCGUCUACUACACGGAUGACCAGCUCUGGGAGGCGGCGGUGCGCAAGCGCAACAAGGACUUCAAGCAUGGGGAUGACGACCACGACUAUGUUGACAUUCGGCCUGCCGGGGUGUACAGCCUCAAAGAUGGCACGGUGAAGAAGAUUGACGCGCUCAGGCCGCAGCUCUACCGUGGCUUCACCCCGACACCGCCGGUUUGGAUCACGCCUUCCAUCCCAUGA